AUGAACACAUCGGUUGUGACACCGGAAGAACUUGAUUCACUUCGUGAAGCGUUCAAGUUAUAUGAUCUUCACAGUGCCGGCGGUAUUAGUUUGCAAGACUUUGCCAAAGUACUGCAGGGCCUCGACAUCGCCACGGAUCCCGAACAAAUCCAAAUGUUGAUCGAUUCAGCGGAUGCCAAUCAUGACAAUAAAAUUGACUUUGACGAAUUUGUUGACGCCAUGAACAAAUAUAUACCCUCUGGAUGUAUCGAUGACACGGACCUAUCCAGUUCCACAUGCACCAUCAUCUCGGAAAAACCCAUAUCCAUGAAACAUAAAUUACGGUCGCCAGAAGAAGAAGAAAUGAUGCGGUGUUUUCAAGCGUUCGAUACGAACAAUGACGGUCAUAUUGACAGGGAAGAAUUGGUGCAUGUCAUGGAUAAACUUGGGAACCAUCUUAGCGCCGAAGAAAUCAAAGACAUGAUUGCCAUCGCCGAUACCAACAAUGACGGUUAUAUUGACUUUGAAGAAUUUAUGCAACUCAUUCCGCCAGCCUGA